AUGGACUCAGUGACAUUUGAGGAUGUGGCUGUGAAUUUUAGUAUGGAGGAAUGGGCCUUACUGGAUUCUUCACAGAAGAAACUCUACAGAGAUGUGAUGAGGGAAACCUUCAGGAACCUGGCCUCCAUAGGGGGGAAAUGGGAAGAUCACGAAAUUGAAGAUCAGUACAAAAGCCAGGGGAGUAAACAGAGAAGUCAAAUGGUACAGAGGGGCUGCAAAAGGAAGGAGGGCAGUCAAUGUGGAGAAAACUUAAGCCUUAUUCCAGAUCUCAAUCUGACAAAAUCGCUUUCUGGAGUAAAACCAUGGAGAUACAAUGCCAGUGGGGAAGUCUUCAUGCAUCAUUCAUCCCAUAAUAGGGACAUCGAAUGUCAAACUAGACAGAAGAUCUCCGAGUAUCAGAAAUAUGGAGAGAAACCAUAUAAAUGUACUAUAUGUGGGAGAGCCUUCUCUUAUAUUCAGUUUUUUGAUGAAAGAAAUCACAAUGGAGAGGAAGCUUAUAAAUGUGAGGAAUGUUGGAAAGCCUUCAAGUGGCUCAAAAGUCCUCAAAGACACAUGAUCAAACAUACUGCUUAUAAAUGUAAGGAGAGUGAGAAAACCUUUAGCUCCUCACUUUUUCUUCAAACAUGUGAGAGAAGCCACACUGUAGAGAAGCCCUAUCAAUGUAAACACUGUGGACAAGCCUUCCUUUAUUAUAAAAGUUUUCAAAAACAUGAAAGGAAUCACCCUGAAGAGAAACUCUAUGAAUGUAAAAAAUGCAAUAAAGUGUUCAGCUAUCCCAGUCAUCUUCAGAUACAUGAAAGAACUCACACUGAAGAGAAAUCCUAUGAAUGUAAGCAAUGUGGAAAGAUCUUCAGAUCUUAUGGUUCCUUACAAACACAUGAGAUGACUCACACAGGAGAGAAACCCUAUGUAUGUAAGGAAUGUGGAAAAGCAUUCAAACAUUCUAGGUCCUUAAAAAUACAUGAAAGCUCUCACACUGGAGAGAAACCCUAUGAGUGUGAAAAAUGUGGCAAAGCAUUCAGUGCUCCCAGUUGUCUUCGCAAACAUGAAAGAAUUCACAGUGCAGAGAAACGUUAUGGAUGUAAAGAAUGUGGGAAGGCCUUUAGACUUUACAGUUCCUUACAAACCCAUGAAAGGACGCACACAGGAGAGAAACCCUAUGAAUGUAAGCAAUGUGGAAAGGCCUUGAGAUAUUACAGUUCCUUGAAAAUACAUGAAAGGAUACACACAGGAGAGAAACCCUAUGCAUGUAAGGAAUGUGGAAAUACAUUCAGAUGCAACAGUUUCUUAAAAAUACACAAAAAAUCUCACACUGGAGAAAAACUCUAUGAAUGUGAAAAGUGUAGUAAAGUGUUCAGUACUCCUGGUAAUCUUCGAAUACAUGAAAGAACUCACACUGCAGAAAAACCCUAUAAAUGUAAGGAGUGUGAGAAAGCCUUCAGGUAUUAUCGUUCCUUACAAACACAUGAAAGGACUCACACAGGAGAGAAACCCUAUGAAUGUAAACAUUGUGGGAAAGCCUUUGUUUGUCGCACCACCAUUCAAAGACACUUGAAAAUGCACACUGGUAAAACACCGUAUCAAUGUAAGGAAUGUGGGAGAGCAUUCACUUGCCUUAGUUUAUAUCAAAGACAUGAAAGAACUCACACUGGAGAGAAACCCUAUGAAUGUAAACAAUGUGGAAAAACCUACAGAGAUUACAGUUCCUUACAAAGACAUGAAAGGACUCACACUGGAGAGAAACCCUAUCAAUGUAAGGAAUGUGGGAAAACCUUUCUUUGUAACAAAAUCUUUCGAAUACACAUAAUGAGAGUGCACACUACAGAAAAGCCAUAUAAAUGUGAAGAAUGUGGGAAAGCCUUUAGUCAUCCCUAUUCCUUUCAAAGGCAUGAAAGGACUCACUGUAUAAAACCUCUUGAAUGUAAAUAG